UUCUUCUCAACCCCAAAAUCACUCUCGUCUCCGACCUUUUCACCUCCAUCGAACCGGUCGAGGUUUCGGAGCAAGCGAUAGAGCAAAGAUCGUCUCGCCAUUCACAGUCUCAGUCGCCGCAUGAUGCAGCGAUGGUGCACGAAGCUUCGUUCGCUGGCGCUUCAAUCGACUCGCUGUUCCUCGGCCUCGAGCUCUCGCCGUCUUCUCCACGCCUCCGCGCGCGUCCCGCCGCCCUCCGCAAUCUUUGCACUGCGUCGAACGCCGAACUUCUGUAAUGCGCCUCUUCUGAACUCUGCUCUUCAUGCGCACUACUCACCUCUCUGCUUUCGGUGGCUUCCUCAUAAGUUCUCCGCUCAAGUGCGGCACGUGUCGUCUCGAGACCGGAGGAAGAAGAGGAAGCCGAUGACGCCUAUGGUUUCCAAAGUGAAGAAGACAAAGAUGAAAUUUUAUUCAUCGUACAAGUCGAGAUUCAGACCAAUGAAUGAUGGGAAUAUCAGACGGUGGAAGGAAGGCAAACGCCAUAAUGCGCAUCUCAAGUCAAAGAAGUCAAAGAGGAGGCUGCGAAAACCAGCUACUGUGCCGUUGGCAUAUGCCAAGGUGAUGAAGAAGCUCAGCUUCUGCAGUUGAUCACUGCAGUCCAUUGCGCUGGCUGAGCUUGCAACUGGUGGAAAUGGUUGAACACCAACCUUUCUUUUUACUUUUGGGAAAAAAAAUCCUGCUCCUUUUUUCUGGGUUUAAGUCAGCCGAGUUUUUUGGUCGUACAACUUAACCGUGUAGCAACACUUGAUUUUUCUUUUCCCUUCUUUUGCUGGAUAAGCAACCAUUGAACAAUUGAUUCGCAAAUUAGUGAUGAUGACUCUGCCUUUGUU